GUAGUGUGUAACCCGUUGGCUACACAAUAGUCGUAUUUGUUAAACCAAAAUGUCAGACGUCGAUAAUUGGAUUGAGGUAGCAAAACAAUGCAAAUAUUUGCCAGAAAAUGAUCUCAAGAAACUCUGCGACAUUGUGUGUGAUUUAUUGCUGGAGGAGUCUAAUAUUCAACCAGUAUCAACUCCGGUAACCGUUUGUGGUGAUAUUCACGGACAGUUUUAUGAUUUGGAAGAAUUAUUUCGCAAUGGAGGUCCAGUGCCUGAUACUAAUUAUAUUUUUAUGGGAGACUUUGUAGACAGAGGAUACUACAGCUUAGAAACUUUUACACGAUUGUUAACACUUAAAGCUAAAUGGUCAGACAGAAUAACAUUACUACGUGGAAAUCAUGAAUCACGACAAAUUACCCAAGUUUACGGAUUUUAUGAUGAAUGUGAAAUGAAAUAUGGUAAUGCAAAUCCAUGGAAAUAUUGUUGCAGAGUAUUUGAUUUACUUACAGUAGCUGCCUUAAUCGAUGAACAAGUACUUUGUGUACAUGGUGGUCUAUCUCCAGCUAUCAGAACAUUAGAUCAAAUUAGGACGAUCGAAAGGAAUCAAGAAAUUCCUCAUAAAGGAGCGUUUUGUGAUUUAUUAUGGUCUGAUCCAGAAGAUGUUGAUGCGUGGGCGGUAAGCCCGCGUGGUGCUGGUUGGUUAUUUGGAAGUAAAGUAACUCAUAAAUUUAUGGAAAUAAAUGAUUUAGAACUUAUAUGUAGAGCUCAUCAAUUAGUGCACGAAGGAUAUAGGUACAUGUUUGAUGAUAAACUUGUGACAGUAUGGUCAGCACCUAAUUAUUGUUAUCGUUGCGGAAAUGUAGCUAGUAUAUUGCAGUUCACAUCUGUUGAUCAAAGAAGUACAAUACUAUUCCAAGCUGUGCCAGAUUCUGAAAGAGUUAUACCAUCUUUGACUAUUACUCCAUAUUUUUUGUGAUCAAUUAUAGAAUACUGUUUUUUAUAUGGAAUAGAAAAUAAUAUACAUACUUGGAAUCAUGAUCUAAUUCAUGAUCAAUUCUCUAAUUGAUCAGUGAAUAGCUAAUUAUUUCUGGCUAUUACAUAAUGCCGAGUCCUUACAUAAAAAAAAAAGAAAACAUAGAAAAGGAAAGAUCAUUUUAAUCAUGAAAAAUUAUACACUAAUAAUGAGUGUGAAUAUAGCUGACAAAAAUCAAUUUUUAAAAUUUUUAAAUAAAUGAAUUAAACAUAAAUCGAAUGAAAUUUAAAAAAUGCACAUUUAUAAAAUUUGAAAAUCAGUAUGUGCAUUUUUUUAACAUUUACAUUUUUAAUUAUUUUAUUCGUUUAUUUGUAAUUCAAAAUUUUUCUUAUAUCUGCUACAUUCACCCUCAUACACUAAUAAUGAAUUUCCACCGAAUUUUUCAUUAUUUUAUAAUAAAAAAAAAAAAAUAAAUAAAAAAAGAAUAAAAAACUAAAAUUACGUAAUUCCAUGAUAUACUUAGUCGAAUGAACAAAUCCAUCCGGCAUGAUAAUUAAAUAAAUAGUUGUACAAUAUAACGAUAGUCAUUGCAGACGUCAAUGUAAUAAAUUAAUCAGUUUUAUUUUGCCUAGUAUGUUGCCUGAAACUUGACACUCAGAGCUUUUGGAUAAGUAGUUAUUGAUAAUUUGUCGGCAAUGGAUUUUUAGAAAUCAGAAUUAUAAAAAAAAAUAUUUGUUAAACAUUUAAACAUUCCGGCAAACAAAAGGCUCUGUAAACAGUUAAUGCUAGUUUUUUAUUUAAUAUUCAGACUCAAUUGUAUAUUUUAUUUAAUAUUAUUAUUAUUACUUUAAGAGGACUACUAUCUUUUAAAUAAUUCGAAUCGAAUGAGAACGUAUAUUGUAUUCAAAAUAUUCUUAUUAUUUUUUUUUUCAUAAUUAACGCGAUGCAACUUAUUAAUUAUAAAUAGCAUUCAAAAUAACAAAAAUUUAUGUAAAUUUUUAACAGGUAUAUUUAAAUUAAAAAAUUAUUAAGUAUUAUACAUUUUGAGAGAAUUAAGUUCGCAAUAAAUUUUUAAUUGUUAGUAAAUUAACAAAAUUACUGACUUAAUUAAGAUCUAAAAAAAAAACAUUACGUACUUUAUAAUAUGAAACGAUCACAGAAUAAACUCUACAUAUAUAUUGUGUAUGUGUUUCGUGACAUAUAACUUAUAUUACUAUGAAUUUUUUUUUUUUCAGAGUUUAAAAAAGUGUAAAUUUACUGACAAAUCAUUACAUUUUUUGUCAAUAGACAUAAGCAAGAAUUUAUUGUGAUCUUUAUUCUUUGAAAAUUUUUAAUACAUAUAUGAUAUAAAAUAUGCGUGUUGAAAAUAAAAUUUUCUACAAGAAAACGAGAAAACAAAAUAAUGUUUUUUUUUAAGUUGGGUUGGGAGAUACAUUGGAGGCUCAUUGCUGGUGAAUACUCCGGCGUUUUUCCCAAUCUCUCAAUAGAUCAUUAAAUUGAAUGAAGAAAAAUUAAAUAAAUUUCCGAUGAUCCUUUGAUCAGUGCCUUUAGAAGCCUCACAAGACAGUUUAUUGUUAUACAAAGAAAAAAAAAAUUGCAAAACUUCAUAUCGAUAAAAAAAAUGCAAACGAAAAAAAAGUUAAAAUAAAAAAUUAAAAAAAAAAAUUGUCGCUGGACAAUGCCUGAGCUUAAGAAGAUAAAAAAAAUCUUCGAAACAUUUUUACUUUAAAAUAAAAAAUUUUCGAUGUUUAAUAAUAGCAAAUAUUUUAAUAAAAAUACCAUGCUGUCACAUGAAUAAAAGUAAUUUUAACAUAAUGAGAAAUUAAUUAAUUUGCUUGGUUAGCCUUAUCCCUUUUAGAAAGACAUAUCUUUAUCCGUAAAAAUUUGUAAAUAAUUAAUAUUAUAUGUAGUGUAAACACUUAUAAAAAAAAAAAAAAAUUUGUUUGUAAUUUUGCGAUAAGAUAGUAAUAAUUAUGAAAUUUGCUGCCAAGUUAAAUAUCUUUUUUUCUCUUUUCUGCUUUAAUUUAUAUGUGCCUGAAUGUAGAUAAACUGUAAAAUAAUUAAAUAGUUUAAAAAUAAUUUCUAUUCUGACAGUUUCUGAAUUGAAAAAAAAUUUUCUAAAAUAAAUGAAUAAAUAAGUAAGUGAGAUGGUUUUGUGAAAUGUUUAUAUGGCUAAGGUAAUUUAGUAAACUAAAAUUAUAAAAAAGUA